UCGCCGUAAGUGACAAUUGAUUUGUAUUAUGUUAUGUAGUAUGUUUACUUAUUCAACUUUAUUACAAUUUAGUAUCUGCACAUCCAAAGUUGGACGGUGUAGAUGCUAGUUAACUGAAGCCAAUUAGUUAUAGAACAUGUUUAUGUAUUACGUCUUUAUUCGAUGCUGUCUAACUUAAAAGUCGAGAAUGUGAUAGGUCGAUAUUAAAAGGUACAUGUUUCUCUUAUAGACGUUGAAUCUUGUACUCGCCUAUCACCUAUGUACAUGUUUGUGUCACAUUGAAUCUAUUUGAUUUAAUAUGUGUUUUUCUUGUAGACGUUUGAAUCCUGUAAUCGCCUAUGUACAUGUUUAUAUCGCGUUUCUAUCGUCUCUUUAUGUUGAAACUUUAUAAAUUUAGGAGUCAAGUUGUGAAGAAUGGGUGUUGAGGGUGUAGAUCAACAAACAAAUUCAGGAGUAAGGAGAAGAGUAUGUUCAUGCACGAAAGACGAUUUUCUUCCUGAGGAAUCGUUCAAAAGCUGGAGAAACUACGCGAAUGCACUGAUACAAACGCCAACAAGACUAAUCGAUAGGAUCCUAACACGUUCUGAAGACGAGGAAGAGUUGGAAGCAAAGUCGCGGAGCCAGAAUGAAAUGAAGAAAACACUUACUUGGUGGGAUUUGAUAUGGUUUGGAUUGGGAGCUGUUAUUGGAGCUGGAAUAUUUGUUCUUACAGGCCUUGAAGCUAAUCAAGAGGCUGGUCCUGCUGUUGUUUUAUCUUAUGUUGUCUCUGGUGUCUCUGCUUUGCUCUCUGUAUUUUGCUACACCGAGUUCGCGGUUGAGAUUCCUGUAGCAGGUGGUUCAUUUGCCUACUUGAGGGUGGAGUUAGGUGACUUUGUUGCCUUCAUUGCUGCUGGUAAUAUACUUCUUGAAUAUGUCAUUGCUGGUGCUGCAGUAGCUCGUACGUGGACUUCCUAUUUCGCGACUCUACUAAACUUCAGCUCGGAUAAAUUCCUCAUCAAAGUGGACAGUUUAGCAGAAGGAUACAACGAGUUAGAUCCGAUUGCUGUUGGAGUUUGUAUCAUCAUCUGUAUAAUUGCAAUACUUAGUACAAAGGGCUCGUCUCGUCUCAAUUACAUAGCCACUAUUGUUCACAUUUUCGUGAUCUUUUUUAUCAUCGUUUGUGGCCUAAUAAAGUCGGAUACCAAGAACUACACCCCCUUCGCUCCAUUUAAAGUUCGCGGGAUUUUCAAAGCUUCUGCAGUUUUGUUCUUCGCGUAUGUUGGAUUCGAUGCUGUUUCUACUAUGGCUGAAGAAACUAAAAAUCCAGGCAGAGAUAUUCCAAUUGGACUAAUUGGUUCUAUGGUGAUCACAACUUUUCUGUACUGUUUACUAGCCAUGACUUUGUGUCUGAUGCAGCCAUAUCAGAAGAUUGAUACUCAAGCACCAUUCUCCGUGGCGUUUAAAUCUGUUGGAUGGAGUUGGGCACAGUAUAUCGUAGCUGCAGGGGCGUUGAAAGGAAUGACAUCGGUGUUACUGGUGGGUGCAGUUGGUCAGGCUCGUUAUCUAACUCAUAUAUCACGAACUCACAUGAUGCCUCCUUGGUUUUCUCAAGUAAAUGCCAAGACAGGUACACCAGUCAAUGCCACAGCUGUAAUGUCAUGUGCAACAGCAAUCAUUGCCUUAUUCACGAAACUCGAUAUCCUCUCCAACCUCCUAUCAAUCUCCACUCUCUUCAUCUUCAUGCUCGUUGCCCUUGCUCUCCUCGUUAGACGUUACUACGUUCAUGGUGAUACAACUAUAGCAAAUCGCAACAAACUUAUCACGUCUCUCUUGAUCAUUCUUGCAUCCUCAAUCGCCACGUCUACUUAUUGGGGACUAAGUAAAGAUGGUUGGAUUGGCUAUUGCAUUACCUUGCCAAUAUGGUUACUAGCAACAAUUGGACUAUGGUAUUUUGUUCCUCAAGCUAGAAAACCAAAACUUUGGGGUGUACCACUAGUGCCAUGGUUACCAUCAGCUUCAAUUGCUAUCAACAUUUUUCUAUUAGGUUCACUAGAUAGAGCUUCAUUCAUGAGAUUUGGUGUCUGGACUGGCUUUUUGUUGGUGUAUUACUUGUUUUUUGGACUUCAUGCUUCUUAUGACACUGCAAAAGAGUUUAAAAGGGGCAGAGGAUGGAAGAAUAUUGAAGAGGGAAAUGGUGUAGAUAGCAAAGAUAUUGUUCCUAGUGCACCUAUGUAAUAGAUAUACGUGCAGUGCAUCAGAUGUUUACGUCAAAUCAAUAAUUAUAUGACAUGUGUCUGUACGUUAAUGAAUGCAUGUCUUCACUUUAUUAAACUACUUAACCAUGAUAUAAGCUGUCGAUGCGAAUAAAUAUUGUGUUCCAACUUUGAUUUAAAUCAAUUGGACACAAAAGUUUUGAUCUUCUUUGCU